AGACAGACUAGGCGAGGGGUUUUCAAAAAGCUCACCAGACCAGUCAUCCCUCUGGUCACGCUGCUGCUGCUGUUGGCGUUUCUUUGGCGAAAGACGUUGUAAUUUUGGGCCAACUGCAUCUGUUUUUUCGAGGAUGAGUUCUGUUGAUGUGAAUGAUGAGAAUCGUGGGGUCUGCCCUGGAGGAAAGCAGAACAGCUCGAUUAAUGACAUUUUUGCCCUGGAUCAGCCAACUGGGAGGCCCUCCAUCCUGCGUCAGACAGAGAACCUGCCCAGCAAGACGGUGCCAAAGGCGGCGAAGGUUUGUUUUCAGACUCCGAGAAGAGACCCUGUGACUAGAAGAAUUGUUUCUCCCACCAAGUCUGUCAAGAUGACAAGCGUGGACGAGUGUACAAAAGCAAUGGAGUCCUUAAAUUUGGAUAAAUUAAAUACUUUAUUGCAAGAUGCCACUGGUGAACCCAAACAAGAAGUGUCCUCCUACCCUGAUGAUGACAUGCCGAUACAAAGCAAAGGAGGCUACAAGUUUGAUUUUGACAACCUUGACGCUAUCAAUCCAUUUCUGGGUUCUGUUACGACGGUCCUGUCUCCUGCGAGGCCCGCUGUAGAAAACCCUCCUACAGAAUCUCAACAUACAAAACCAGAGAGUACCUUGGAGGAGCCGACCAAAAUAGAAUCUGCACUAGACGAUACACUUCCAUACAUCCUGUCUGUGGAAAACUCACUGGUUGACGUCUCCGCCAACAUCAGCUCCACAGACAGCAGCGUGAUCACGUUUAAGUUCCCAGCGGUCGAGGAACAAGAUUCAUGCCCUGCCACGCCUGAUGAAAAACAACCUGCUCAAAUGUCUCCAAAUGUUGAUCAAGACAAAGUGUCAGGGAGUUUUGUGGAAGAUGCUCCACUGCCAACGAAAGGUGCUUACAACUUUGAUUUUGACAACCUUGAUGCUGUCGAUCCUUUCCAAACCGGUGGCUCUAAAAUCCAGAAUUCCCCUGUCCUUGGGAGAAAGGUGCCAGACAUUACACCACCUGUUGAGGAGACGCAGAUAAAGGAAAUUAAACCCACAGAUGUUGUCGACGUACCUGAGGUGGCUCAAGAGACGCUGGCACCAGUUGACGUCUGCACCGACAACACCUCCACCGAGAGCGUCCCAGCGGUCGAGGAAAAAGAUUCAUGCACUGCCACGCCUGAUGAAAAACAAUCUGCUAAAAUGUCUCCAAAUGUUGAGCAGAACAAAGUGUCAGGGAGUUUUGUGGAAGAUGCUCCACUGCCAGCGAAAGGUGCUUACACCUUGGAUUUUGACAACCUUCAUGCUGUCGAUCCUUUCCAAACCGGUGGCUCUAAAAUCCAGAAUUCCCCUGUCCUUGGGAAAAAGGUGCCAGACAUUACACCACCUGUUGAGGAGACGCAGAUAAAGGAAAUUAAACCCACAAAUGUUGUUGACGUACCUGAGAUGGCUCAAGAGGAGCUGGCACCAGUUGACGUCUGCACCGACAACACCUCCACCGAGAGCGUCCCAGCGGUCGAGGAAAAAGAUUCAUGCACUGCCAUGCCUGAUGAAAAACCACCUGCUAAAAUGUCUCCAAACGCUGAUCAGAACAAAGUGUCAGGGAGUUUUGUGGAAGAUGCUCCACUGCCAGCGAAAGGUGCUUACACCUUGGAUUUUGACAACCUUGAUGCUGUCGAUCCUUUCCAAACCGGUGGCUCUAAAAUCAAGAAUUCCCCUGAGCUCGGGAGAAAGGUGCCAGACAUUGAACCACCUGUUGAGGAGACACAGAUAAAGGAAAAUAAACCCACAAAUAUUGUUGAAGAGGCACCUGUUCAGCCUGAGAUGAAACUCAUAGCUGCCGUGGCCCCAAUUUCAGCUAGUGCAGCCAAAACUUCAGCUGCUGAAUCCACCUCCCAGCCAGCCGAUGCCCCGAUCAAGGAAGGACCAGUCAAACUUGAGUUCAAUUUCGAUGAUGGCGGCGAGGUCAACCGGAAACCGGCACCCAAGAAAUUUGGCAAAAGGCCAGCUGGUGUAAAACCUAAAGCGGGAAAGCCGGCGGGUGACGUCAAACCACCAAAAGAGGCUCCAGCGAAGCCCGAUGUCAGCGAUGUUGAUGAUGUUCCGGUUCCCAAAGGGUCUUACUCAUUUGACCUUGACAAGUUCGAUGACCCAAACUUCAAUCCCUUUGGCACAACGGCAAACAUGAGCAACAAAUCCGGCCCUGUGCUCACGGAAACGUUGAUUCCAGAGCAACCGGAGAAGCCUGUGGAAAAGGAAGCUGUACCAUCAGCAUGCGAUGGAGAGAGUGUCCCAGCUGCAGCAGAACCCAACCCUGGAGCGCUGAGAGAAGUAAUGCAGUUUCAUACAAUCCCAAUCCAUAUUCCCACGGAGAGUCUUCCUGAGCAGAAGUCACAGACCGCCAUGUCAGAGUUCAAUGACGAGUUUGUUCCUGGAAGUCUGUUCAUGGCCAAUGACUUUGAUGGACAAAUGGAUUACCUUGAACAGUUUGGGUCCAGCAAUUUCAAGGAAUCUGCAUUGAGGAAACAAUCCUUGUACCUUAAAUUUGACCCCCUCCUGAGAGAGAGCCCCAAGAAGCCUGCAGGCCCGGCCGCUCAGACCAACGUCCCUCGCCCCGCUGCCUUCGUCUCACGGCUUGAGACUCCACAGAUGGCAGAAAACACUUCAAGUGGACCACAAAAGGAUGAUUUCAAACUGUUUGAUGCUACAGCACCUCCUUCAAUCCUGGCGGACCUCGUCCCUCCUUUCAUUCAGCCAGCAAACACGGAGGAUGCCAUCAUUGAGAUGCUGAAGUACAGUCAGAAAGACAUGGAUGCAGCCAUCGCCAGGGUCCAGGCAGAAGCAAAGGAAAAAGAGGAGCAAUGGAGUGCAAAGUAUAGAAAGAUGCUUGACGAUGGCCAAGAAAUGAGGAAAAUAAUUGCAGAAUUUGAGCUCAUGAUUGCAAAAAUGAUGGCUGAUCAAGAGACGGAGAGGGAGGUGGCUCAGGCGAAGCUCAACGAGGCUCUGCUGGAGAAGGAGCAAGUGGCCAGCGACCUGAACACCAUGGAGAGAUCUUUCUCCGACCUUUUCAAGAGACUGGAGAAGUACAAGGAUGUGGUUGAGGGCUACAAAAAGAAUGAAGGGACUCUGAAAGCUUGCGCUCAGGACUAUCUGGCAAGGAUCAAGAAGGAGGAGCAGCGCUACCAGACCCUCAAAGCCCACGCUGAGGAGAAAAUUUGCCAAGCAAAUGAAGGGAUCGCUGAGGUGCGGUCCAAGAACAAGUCGGAGGUAUCUGCACUUCAAGUCCAGCUGCGGCGGGAGCAAAUGAAGGUGCAGUCACUGGAGAAGAGCCUGGACCAGAAGGUGAAGGAGGCUGAAGAGCUCACCAAACUGUGUGACGAACUUAUCAGCAACGUCCAGAAGGGUUGAGCUCUUGUGUUAAUACUGUAUAUAUGUUCUGUUUCUUUGUCGGUGUCCAGAUCAUUUUCUUGUUGUUUGUCUUUGUCAAUGUUCUUAUAAUACUGUAAAAUUAAUAAAGAAGAUUUACAAAUUUAAUAA